CUAUGUACUCUCAUCCAGCAUGGCAUGCUCCCAAACCCUAACCGCAACGCCCCCCGCAAUGUCUACUACUACAUCAACCUCGAUCCCCGAAACCGCCGCGGCAUUGGUCUUCCUAGCACCGGGGCAGCGACUCCACCACGAAUCGCGAGCGCCUACUCCCCCGGUCACUGCCGGCGCGGCCAUCGUGCGCAUCCUCCGCACCAGCGUCGUAGCCUACCUUCGGUCUGUCUUCGCGGGGGAUGGCACCCGCAGCUACCCGCUCCCGACUCCCAUGGUGCCCGGGAACCACGCCGUCGGCCGGGUCGUCGCCGUCGGGCCUGACGCAACAACCCUGACGGCGGGCCAGCUGGUCUUCGUAGACGUCACCCUCCGCAGCCGCGACGACCCCACCCGGGCCGCUGUAUUUGGCAUCCACGAGGGCUUCGACGACGAAACCCGGCGGCUGAUGCGCGGCGAGUGGCGCGACUCCACCUACGCGCAGUACGCCAAGGUGCCGCUGGAGAAUCUCUUCCCACUAGACGAAACCACCUUGCUCCUCCAGGGCCAGGGCCAGGGCCAGGGCCAGGGACGACGACGACCGUCUCCUUCCUCCCUGGGCUACUCCCUCGACGACCUGGGCUACAUCCCGCGGCUGGCGAUUCCCUACGGCGGGCUGCGGACCCUGGACCUCCAGCCCGGCGAAACGGUGAUCAUCAGCCCGGCAACCGGCAGCUUCGGCAGCGCGGCGGUGUUCCUGGCCGCGGCCAUCGGCGCGCGCGUCAUCGCCUUCGGACGCAACGAGCGCAAACUCGCCCAGUUCGCCCGGGGCCCCUACAGCCAGCGCAUCUUCCCCGUUCCCAUCACGGGCGACCCGGGCGUCGACGGCGCCGCGCUGGCCCGCUACGGCCGCGUCCACGCUUACCUGGAUAUCUCGCCGCCCAUGGCCGCGGGCUCGACGCAUUUCCGCAGCGCCAUCACGGCCCUCGGCAUGAAUGGCCGCGUCUGUCUGAUGGGCGGGCUGGCCGAGGACACCGCGCUGCCCUACCACGCCGUCAUGCACCGGAACUUGAAGAUCUGCGGCCGGUGGAUGUACGAGCGCGAGGAUCUCCGCAGGCUGUUGGAGAUGGUGGAAACCGGCGUGGUGCCCCUGGGCGCGGGGAUCGGUGCGCAUCUGGUCGGCAGCUUUGCGCUGGAGGAGUGGGAGGCGGCGUUUAUCGCGGCGGCGGAGAACACGGAUCCGGGUCAGUAUGUGCUGCUUAGCCCCUAGAUGCUACUACUUUUUUUUUUUCUUUUUUUUACGGAAUAAUGAAAAGAAGAACUAUUAUUGUUAAGGCAAUAGAAAUAAGUGUACAGUCUAGGGGGUUUUCUCGUGGAAACAGUGGCAAAGACCUGGAGUGUUUCAAAGAAGUGCGCGUUCAAUUAGAUAUACAGAUUUAGAGAUCGAUAAAUAGAUACCUUAAAGGGCCUUUUU